AUGCUCGUGUGGUGCUCCGAUUCAGUGGCGAGGAAGACCCCCGCUCAGAGCUUCAUAGGCUCCUGCUGGCGGCACUCGACAACCCCUAGGUGGCGCUUUGAUGCUGUGACACUGGAGUGUCUGCCUGAUGUGAUAGACGAGGACCGCGAGGAGGAAGGGUUGAUUCGCUUUGUGCCCGGGAAGGUCGACAAUCAGGAAGUCGAUCUGUUUGGAGGUGAUCCCCAAAAGGCCUGGGGCGCGAGGGGUGAAGUUGGAAACACCACGAUGCUUGCCAGCUGGCCGUCAGCGUUUCACCCUCCCCUCAUAGACAACUACUGCUGGGGUAAUGCCAGCGAAGAGAGCUACAUACUCUUGCUUGGACUAGUGUACACAGAUGAAACGAUCCCAACCGCGGUUCGUGUAAACGUCCAAGUCGUCGGCCGUCAUGCUGUUUCAAAUGAUUUGGAUUGCGUGGUGUGGACUCGUCCUGCAUCGACAAGUGGUCACGCUCCCGUUAACGUGAUGAAAAGGUUAUGUUCGGCUUUCCACGCAAUCAGAGUUGAAAAUAGCGGCAUGUGUCGCAAAGAGACAUUGGACAUGUGCAUCAGAUCGCUGUUUGGUUGGUGGUCCGCGGCAGUCGCUUGCGCGAGACUGCGGGGUCAUUGCACCAACUCCCAGGUCACAAAUCCUUGA